AUGAAUAAUCAUCCAUUAGAAUUAGAAUUCAAUUCACAAAUUUUACCACAAUAUAAAGAAUAUCAAUUAUUUUCUAAUGAUUUAUGCUCACAAGAAUUAAAACAAUUCUAUUAUAAUCAAACAUGGUUUAUGAAUAUUAGUGAAGAAAUACGCUCAGCAAUGGAACAAUUGAAUAGACCAUGUGAAAAAAUUCAACGUUUUGAAUGGAUGCUUGAACGUGAAUAUUUUGUAGCAAUCACAAUGGGUUUAUUAGCAUGUUUUGGUUUAACUGGCAAUUUAUUAAGUUGUAUUGUUAUCAUGCAAUAUUUAUUAAAAUUCUCAGAAACAUUUAUUCUAUUUAUAUUUUUAUCAUUAGCUGAUUCAUUAGUGAUUAUUAUGCAAACUAUUGAUGCUUAUCGUAAUUCUGUGGCAGUUGAUUUUUAUACAUUAAUAUCAUUAGAUGAAAUAUCACAUCCAUCGAAUAUAUGGCGUCGUGAUUGGAAUUGUAAAUUAUUUUUAUAUUUUUGGCAUUUAAGUUUACAAUUAUCCGCAUGGCUUGUUAUGGCAUUAACAGUGGAUCGUUAUGCUAGUUUAAAACAAUUCUAUGUAACACGUAGUCGACAUUCAUUACAUUGUCGUGCAUGGUUAAUCGGUGGAGGAAUAUUGAUCUUUUUAGCAUUUUUAAAUUUACCAUUUUUAAUUUAUGUGAAAUCAGUGAUUUAUGAAAUGCCAUGUGGACACAGUCAUUUCUGUAUUUUUAUCAAUCCAACCGAAGACAGAGAGCUGAUAGGUGAUAUAGAACAAUCAACAUCAUCACGAAACAUAAAAACUGAUGAAUUCGAUCAUUUUUAUGAUCAUUUUGUCAAUGGUACACUAUUUUCAUUGAAUAACCAAUCAUAUGAAUAUAAUCAAACAACAGCUUGUAAACAUUUACUUGGAUUUCAUAAUCUGUUCAGUGAAUCAAUAGAAGGCAAACAAACAAAAUCAUCAGCAUUUUCAAUUGCACGUAACAUAAGCAUAUGGUUAAGUCAUCAAAAUUUAAUCAUUUUCGGUUUUAUUCCUUAUACUGUUACAAUUAUAUUUAAUGUUUUAUUAAUUCAUUAUUUAAGAUCACUUCCAUGGUUUCAACCAAAACAAAAGUGUAAUCAUAAAUUAUGUUUUAAAAAUUGCGCGAAAUACGAUUCAAAAAUAUUGAUGCAUUUAAACAAAUGUUGUAUAACAAUGUUUCGACAAUCCAAAAAAGACAAGUUUAAAAAUGACAAGAAAAUUGAAUCAUAUAAUAAUGAAACAAAUAUUCAACGAUCAUUCACUCCUUGUAAAUGUAUAUUACGUUCAGAGAAUAAUCCAAUUUUGAUUGGUACAACAUGUUCUUAUUCAUUGAAUAAACGAAAACAAAUUCAUAAAUUAGUUAAAAUGUUUGAUAAUGAAAAUAAUCAUAAUCAAAAUAUGAUUACAAUGUAUUCUCCAAUGUUUAGUCAUUAUGUAAUCCAAUCAUGUAUUGCACCGCAUACUUGGGAUGGUACAUUGAACAAUAAUAAUAAUAAUAAUAAUAAUAACAAUAAUACAAAUAAUAACAUAGAAUUAAAACAUUUUCAAUCUUCAAUUCUACAUGAAACAUCAUCAAAUAUUUCAAGAUAUUCAUAUUGUGUUUCAAUAAAAUCAAAUAAUUCACAAAGUCGUUUAUAUUCUCAACAUUUCGAUCAUGAUGAUGUUGAUGAUGUUGAUGAUGAUGAUAAUGAUAAUGAUGAUGCAUUCAAUGAUGGCUGUCAAAAAAACAAUAAUGAAAAUAUCAAUUCCAUUCAUUAUUAUUCACGAUGUAAACAUCAUUGUAAUUCAAUGUCUAAUAGACAAAAUACUGAUCUACAUAUUUUAAUACAUAAUUACAGAUCGAAUUCAGUGAAAUCCGGUUGGUUUGUUGGUCAAACACGUACAACUAUUUUACUAUUAGUUGUUACAUUUACAUUUAUUGGAUUAACUCUACCAUAUUUAAUUUAUGUUGAAUUAAAACAAUUUAAUGUAGUUGAUCUUACAAAAGCGGAAAAUUAUCGUCCUGAACAUAUGGUUGAAGAAUUAUGUCGUUUUUUAUUUUUUAUUAAUAAUGGUUUAACAUUUUUUGUUUAUAUGACUGGACGUCAAUUUCGUAAAGGAUUUUAUCGUUUAUUACAUCGUUUUAAAUAUUAUCUACGUUCAUUAUUGUGUCCACAUGUUGAACGACAAAAUAAAUGGUAUUCACAUCCACCAAAUAAAAAUCAUACAUUUAAAUUAAUUAAACCGGGCAAACAUUACACCAUUCAUCAACAUUCUAAUCAACAUUAUUUUCAUCAACAUCAUCAUCGUCAACUUCAUCAUCAACAUCAUCAUCAUCAUCAUUCAUGUCAAAUGAAAACUAUGCAACAACAAGAACAAUAAUGAAUGAUACUGACAGCCAUCAGGAAUAUCCAUAAAACUAUAUACAUCAGUGUUACAUGUUGUCAAAAUCAAAAUCAUGAUGAACAGAGAAUCCUUGAAUUCAACACAAUGAAAUUGUCUAAUCUAGCUAACAAGUCAUAUUUCAAAGUUGAAAGAUCAUACAUACUUCAUGGCACAAUGUAAAAUUUUUGAGGAAUUUCGACUGCUGUUUAUGAUAAAUAAUUUUAUUUUUGUUAUGCAUUUAAGAACAUUAUCGAAAUUUUAAUGAACAUGGUAAUUAGAUUAAAAAGAAUGAACAUUGUACGAAU